AUGACGCAACCGUUCGCGACGGGGGUGUUCGACCCCGCGCGCGCGCGACGACACAGCGACGUUCGAUGGGAUUCCCCGCCUCGCGCGGCGGCGGAGGCGAGCGCGGACGACGAAGAACCCGAGAUCGACGAGAACGCGGCGACGACGGCGAUACCGUCGCUGCGCGCGACGACGACGAACGCCGCCAACCUAGCGACGGCGACGACGCCGGGGAAGUCGAUCCUCAAGACGCCAUCGCGCUCGAAAACGCCGGGCGGCCGCGGUGACGCGCCGAAAACGCCGAAGAGCGCGUUCGGGGUCUACUACCGCGGCGGCGGGACGUUCGAGGAGACGCGUCGGACGACGAUGGGAGGCAUGGGCUCCCCCUCGCGCGUCAACGUCAAGACCCCGGGCGGGGGCGCGAAGACGCCCGGCGUCACCCCCGGCGCGUCGCGACGCGUCUCCAUCGCGAACGCGACUCGCCCCACCACGCCGGGGAAACCCGAGGCGCCGACGAUCGCGGACGGGCCGUCGCGCUUCGCGCGCGCGCCGACGCGGGUGGAUCUCAAGCCGAAGACGCCGACGCGACCGAAGACGCCGACGCGCGCGGGAGGGACGACCGGCAUGGGCGGCGGCGCCGCGCGUCUGACGGCGUUCGGCGCCAGCGCCGCGCCGCACCACACCCCCGGACGAAAGCAGCAGCCGAUCCCGGGGCGCUUCGCCGCGGUCUCCGUGUUCGCGGACGACGCCGCGGGGGGCGUCGUCUCCGCGCACCCGGGAUUCGCGCUGCGGUCGCUACCAAACGCCAAUCAAGCGGCGUAUUGGACGCGGCGGAGCCAGAGGGCCGAGGACGCGGGGGAUCACGCGAUGGCGAUCUCGUGGCUCGAGCAGGGCGUGAAGCGUAAGGCGACGCCGCGAGAGGAGCUGACGAACGCGCUGACGGCGUUGAAGGCGCGCGUCGGAGACGUCGACGCGGCGACGACGGAGAAGAAGGAGGAGGAGGAGGAGGCGGCGGCGGAGGACGGCGGCGGCGGCGCGGAAUACGGAACGUCAACCGUCGCGCCCGCGCCCGCGGCGGUCUUAGCGACCGAGCAGCCGGCGGCGGCCGUCCCGGCGGCGCCCGUGGAAGAGACCGUCCUCGCCGACGCUCCCAUCGCCGCCGUCGCCGCGCCGACGCAGUCGCCGAGCGUCGCGACGCCAAACGCCGAAUUCGCCGCGCUCGAAGCCGAAGCCGCGGCGGCGGCGGCGGCUUCCGCGGCGAAACCCGGGCCCUCGCCUUCGCCGCCGCCGCCGACGACGACGGUCGCGCCCGCGGUGUCGUCCACGCUUCAGUCGCAGCUCACGCCGUCGACCGCGGAGUUUGCCGCGCUCGAGGCGCAGAUCGAGCUCGAGGCUGCCGCGGAGGCCGCCGCCGCCGCCGCGGCUUCGGCUUCGAGCGCGGCGAAUUUGGCGUUUGGCGUCGUGACGCUCGGCGACUGCGUCGGUGCGGCGACGGCGGCGAUGGGAGCGUCGGCGAGGACGCCGCGGGGCGGCGGCGGCUUCCGCGGCGAACCCGGGCCCUCGCCUUCGCCGCCGCCGCCGACGACGACGGUCGCGCCCGCGGUGGCGUCCACGCUUCAGUCGCAGCUCACGCCGUCGACCGCGGAGUUUGCCGCGCUCGAGGCGCAGAUCGAGCUCGAGGCUGCCGCGGAGGCCGCCGCCGCCGCCGCCGCCGCCGCCGCGCAAAAGGCGGCGGUCGAGAAGGCGUCGCUCGAGGAGGCGACCGCGAUGCUGACGCGCGCGGAGAGCGUCCGAAGCAGCGUGGGGUUCGGCAGCCCGCUCCGCGGGUCCCCGAGAAAGCCGCCGAGGAGCCCGCACGGCGGCAGCGCGUCGAAGGCGUCGAUGAUCGCGCGCGUCGCGGCGACGGCGGCGGCGGUGGUGACGUCGCCGUCGCCGACGCCGCCGGCGCCGGCGCCGAGCCCGCGGACCGUGCCGCUGCCGCCGACGGUCGCGAAGGACGACGCCGCCCCCGGGCCGGUCCCGACGCCGAGUCCGCGAGCGCCGAACGCGGCGCCGUCGCCCGUCAGCCGCGUCUCCCCCGGCGCCGCCGCGCGAGCGGACGCGGAGACGAAGGGGCACUCUCCGACGAACGCCGUCGCCGCCGCCGUCGCCGCGGCGUCGCCGGCGUCCGUCGACGACUCCAGACGACGACGACGGAAGGGCGACACGCCGUCGCCGGUGGCGAUGACGCGACGACUCUCGGACGCGGUCGCGUCGGUGGACGCGACGGUGAUGCCGUCGCCGUCGCCCGCGCGCGCGACGACGGCGGCGGCGGCUGUGGUGACGUCGCCGACGCCGCCGGCGCCGGCGCCGAGCCCGUGGACCGUGCCGUUGCCGCCGACGCCCGCGGGCGCGACACCGUUCGCGGCGGCGGCGGCGGCGGCGGCGGCGACGCCCGCGGUCACGGCCGUCGCCCCCAACGUCGCGGCUCUCAUCGCGAACGACGACGCCUCAUUCUCCACGCCGGCGGGCGACGCCGGCGAAGCGAAGAAGACUUCCCCGUUGUCCGUGUUCGCGAGAAUGAUGGCCAAGGUGAUCAACGACGCGGACGCCGAGGUGCGAGCGACGACGCCCGCGGCGAAGGCGGCGAAGGCGGCGACGACGACGCCGAGGCGGGUGCCGCUGCCGAUGACGCCCCAGCAGGAGGCGGCGGUCGCGUGGGAUGUCGUCGCGAAGGCGGCAACGCCGCAAAAAGGCGCCGGCGGCGGGAGCGCGGCCGGCGCGGGCGCGGCCGCCGCCGCCGCCGCCGAUUUGAAAACGAAACCCGUCCCGGCGGGGACGCCCGCCAAGGCGGCGAGGGUGAUGACGUCGCCGGAGUACACGAUCUCCCCGACGCACGUGCACUACGCGUCCGACGACGCCGCGGCCGCGGCGACGGCGGUCGUCGUCGAGGCGACGACGACGACGGUUGACGUUUCGUCUUCCUCGCGGCGCGCGCCGACGGAGACGGAUUCCCCCCUCGACGGGUCCGUCACCGGGGACACGCCGCUCGGGGUCGUCACGCGGUCGGGGCCGAAGCGCGCGACGACGGCGAGCGGAGGGACGGGCGGCUCGAGCGCGAGGAGACGGCCGCGCGCGACGCCGCCGCGGACGCCGACGGAUUGGGCGGCGUCGAGGGCGACGACGAAGGCGACGGCGCGGAGAGAGAGCACGGGGCGCGUGGCGGCGGCGGUGAGCGCCGCGCUCGCGGCGACGCCGAGAACGCCCGCGGAUUCCGCGUCGAAGCCGGCGCCGCGACGCAGCGCGCGGCUGAGCGGUUCGGGGAAGAAGUGA